AGAGAGAGAGAGAGAGAGAGAGAGAGAGAGCGAGAAUGAUUCGAACGGCUUUAUUGGUCGUUGCUUUACUCGUCGGAACAAGCGUACAUGCGCAGCUAGUGCCCCCGCCGAGACGCGAUGGAUUCGUGUAUCCACCGGGUAGGAAAAUCGAACCGGAAACGAUACUCAUCGAAGCGUAUUUUGACCCGGUUUGCCCCGAUUGCGGUGACGCUUGGGAACCGUUAAAGCUAGCGGUUGAUCACUACGGAUCUCGCGUUGCUCUUGUUCUUCACCUCAUCCCUUUGCCGUUCCAUGACAAUGCGUUUGUAGUGUCUAGGGCCUUGCACAUUGUGAAUGCGUUAGAUUCCAAUGCCACGUUCGGGUUGCUCGAAGGGAUAUUCAAGCACCAGGCAUUGUUCUACAACUCGCAAACACAAUUCAUGCCAAGACCUGCGGUUGUGGACAAAUUAGUCAAACUCGGGACAGUUACAUUAGGUAGCUCAUUUCAUUAUCCUCUUAAAUCUGGCUUCCGCAACUCACAGUCUGAUCUUGCUACUAGGGUUUCCUUCAAGUAUAGCGUUUCAAGAGGCGUUUCUGCUACACCAACAUUCUAUGUGAAUGGGUUCGAGCUGCCGGAUGCUGGUUCCCCUAUAGAUUUUGAAGGAUGGAAAAACACCAUUGAUCCUCUGGUUAACCCACGAGAAGCAAAGAUAAAGGACACCUUCCUUUCAUUCCUCACCCAACCAUCUUAUUAGUUUUGCUUUUUAUGCUGCCUCAAACUCACACUAAUGUACUAGACAAAUUUAAUUCUCCAAAUUCUCUGUAGGGAACUAAUUAUCAUUAAUAACCCUGAAGCAUAAAAACGUGCAUGCUCAUAAUUUUCGGAUGCAUGUUUAUUUUCCAAGCAUUUUAACAUUUGAUUCAAAACUUUAAAAUAUGGUGAUUGGUAAGUAGUUUUCA